CCUCAACCUGCGACAGUGAUGACCGAUCAAUAAGCGGAUGCCAUGUCGAUCGGGGUGUAAGGCAUAUAAGGAAUUACUGCAUUGGUAGGGUCCUCGAAUAGACCCGCUGCAGCGCGAAGCAAGUUUUUCUCUGCCGCUAUAUCUAAAUGUACAGAACAUACCAAGACAGCUUAACUAAUCCCUACGUUUCUACUUCGCUAGUAUGCUAUGGAAUAUGAACGAGUUUUUCGACUCCAAUCUAGGACAUUCCAUGUUAGCGUAUCUAGGGAUAGCUGUAGUAGCAGUCGGCCUUCCUAUCCUCUAUCAAUGGCUUCUGCCCAAGCCUCUCCCCGGUAUUGCGUAUAACCCGGAAGCCACAAAGUCAUUGUUUGGCGAUGCGCCGAACAUGAGUCGUGAAAUUGGCCUCACAGGUGAAUUUAGCAUGUGGUUGGCCAAGCAGGUGGAGAGAAUGAAUUCUCCAGUGUGCCAGGUCUUUGUACGUCCGUUCUCGAAGCCCUGGAUUCUCAUCGCAGACUUUCGCGAAGCCCAGGAUAUUUUGAUGAGAAGGGCCGAAUUCGACAAGCCGGCGUUCCUCAGCGAUGGCAUGUUGUGCUUGGGCGACUUUCAUGCGCGAUACAAAACCAACGAUGCCUUCCGGGAGCGUCGUCGCAUGAAACAGGACCUGAUGACUCCCACCUUUCUCAACGGCUCCAUGGGCCCUGCAAUGCAUGCCAAGGGACUGGAAUUAGUCAGGCUUUUGGAGAUGAAGGCUGAGCUGGCUAACGGGAGGCCGUUCAGCAUCAAAGCAGACUAUGACUACGCCGCUCUCGAUGUGAUGCUGAGCUACGCAUUCGGCGACAAUCUGGAUGAUUCGGCGAUCCGUCCACAGCUGGACCAUAUCGCCCAGCUGGACCGCUCUCAGAUCCCCGAUGGGGCCCCCGAUGAGCCCGUGGUGUUUCGCCACGCUCCGAUCAGCCCGUUUCUCCAAGCAGUGCAUGACGCACCCGAGGUUCUCGAGAAAACCACAGUGUCAUGGGCCCCACGCCUGAGCCAUUGGUGGUGGAAGCAGCAGCCAUGGUACAAGAAGAUCUUUGAACAGAAGAGCCGCGUUGUCCCGCAGCAGCUCUCGAAAGCUAUUACCAAUUACCGCAAAGGGACUAUCAAAUCUGCUUUAGAGCAUAUGCUGAUGCGCGAGGCCGCCAUGGCAGAAAAGCAGAGCCGGCAGCCCCAGUUCGAGAGCCAGACUCUAGUUGACGAGGCUUUUGCCGACUUGAUCGCAGGCCAUCAUACCACGGGAGGCUCGAUGGGUUGGGUGACAAAGUUCUUAACAGGGUACCCUGAAACCCAAGCGUCGCUGCGAGCCGCAUUGUAUGCAGCCAUUCCAGAGGCUGUCGGGGACAAGCGAUCGCCCACCUUUGAUGAGUUGCGACGGGCCAAAGUGCCCUAUCUCGAGGCAGUCAUAGAGGAGAUGCUGCGUCUGACGCCGUUUAGCAUGACGCGGGAGGUGACGACUGACACAGAAAUCUUGGGGCAUAAAAUUCCCAAAGGCUGUCAAGUGUUCAUGGUAAACGGCGGACCGGGAUACCUGUCACCGUCGUUGCCAGUCGACGAAGCCAAGCGCAGUCCGACCUCGCAGAUAGCCCGAGUCCGAGGUAACUGGGACGAAUCGAAGGACCUGAAGCUUUUUGACCCAGAACGAUGGCUCGUGGUCAAGGGCGAUGGGAGUGUUGACUUUGACGGAGGGGCCGGACCACAAUUGGGCUUUGGCAUGGGAAUCAGGCAAUGCUGGGGCAGACGAAUGGCCCAUUUGGAAAUCCGGACAAUCAUUGCCCUAAUCGUGUGGAACUUCGAUCUACUUGACAUUCCGAACUCGCUUGGUGGCUACGCAGGGUUCGAUGGUAUCUCUCGUCAGCCGCAAAGAGUCUUUAUCCGACUGAGGAGAAGGGCACUUUAAGAUAUAGAGCUUGCAGAUACGAGCCGAUAAAACGAUGCUGACAAAACCUAAUGGCCGCUAACUAGUUAAC